UCGUUGCUCUUCCGCGGACGAGGAAGAAUUGAAGGGAACUGUGUUUGAACAGGGAGGGGCAGAGAGUCUCGCGGUGUGGCGCAGUUGGACGAGAUAUGGAUGCACUGGUGAUCAAAACUGAUCCCGGUGUCUUUACGUCCGAUUUCGUUAGCUCGUGUGGCGCCAGGCACUCCUUCCUCAGUAGACAGAACGGUUUAGCGUUCGUUAAUUGUCAAGGAAGGGGAGAAAGAGGCAGAAUUCGAAAUGGCGUGACGCUUUCGGCCAGGAAUGCCGAAGGUAGUGGUGGGAAUGGACAGGUUGGAGUCAGGUGUGAGCAUGGAGCCGGAAUUAGAGCCGCGAGGAGUUUCGGGAAGGAGAGGGCGAGCUCAAUUUGCCGAGCUCAGGCUUCGGAAAUUAUUCCGGCUAAAUCUUCAAAAAAUAACAAGGAGCGGGACAUCAGCAAUGGCGGAGACCGUCUUGCGAAGGUUCCUAUAUCGAAAAUCAGAAACUUUUCGAUCAUUGCACAUAUCGACCAUGGUAAGUCUACCUUGGCUGAUAAGUUGCUGCAAGUAACUGGAACCGUACAAGCACGCGACAUGAAAGAGCAGUUUCUAGACAACAUGGACCUGGAGAGAGAACGUGGAAUAACAAUCAAGCUACAGGCAGCAAGGAUGCGAUAUGUUGGUCAGGACGGCGAAGCAUACUGCCUGAAUCUUAUAGAUACUCCUGGCCAUGUUGAUUUCACGUACGAGGUCUCACGGUCCUUGGCUGCUUGUGAGGGAGCUCUACUUGUUGUCGAUGCUUCUCAGGGGGUGGAGGCUCAAACGUUGGCUAAUGUUUACCUUGCUUUGGAAAACAACCUUGAAAUCAUUCCGGUUCUCAACAAAAUAGAUUUACCAGGGGCUGAUCCUGAUCGUGUUGCUCAAGAAAUUGAAGAGAUUGUCGGUUUGGACUGUACGGAUGCCAUCAGAUGCUCAGCGAAGGCUGGAAUAGGAAUCAAUGAGAUACUGGAGUCUAUAAUACAGAAGAUUCCUCCCCCGAAGGACACUGCCGCAGAACCUCUUCGGGCCCUUAUUUUUGACAGUUACUUUGAUCCGUACAGAGGGGUUAUCGUAUAUUUUCGAGUGAUGGAUGGAAGUGUAAAAGAAGGGGAUUCAGUUCAGUUUAUGGCUAGUGGAAAGGAGUACAUAGUGGGAGAAGUUGGUGUGUUGUCCCCUGGACAGAUGCAAGUGAAGGAGCUUUACGCAGGGGAGGUAGGUUACCUAGCUGCAUCAAUAAGAUCAGUGGCAGAUGCAAGAGUAGGUGAUACCAUCACAAAGAGUACAAGAAAGGCUACUCAGGCCUUACCAGGUUAUGAGGAAGCAACACCCAUGGUCUUCUGUGGCCUUUUUCCUAUCGAGGCUGAUCAGUUUCCGAACUUACGAGAAGCCUUGGAAAAGCUUCAGCUGAACGAUGCAGCUUUGCAAUAUGAGCCUGAAUCGUCAAGUGCUAUGGGAUUUGGUUUCAGAUGCGGCUUUCUUGGGCUUCUGCAUAUGGAAAUCGUGCAGGAAAGGCUCGAAAGGGAGUACAAUUUAAAUCUCAUCACGACAGCACCUAGUGUUGUGUACAAAGUUAUUUGCAACGAUAAUUCAGUUGUGGAGUGUUCAAACCCUUCACAACUUCCAGAUCCAGGAAAGAGGAAAGCCCUAGAAGAACCAUUCAUCAAGAUUGAUAUGAUCACACCUAAGGAGUACAUCGGUCCUCUCAUGGAACUUGCACAAGAUCGACGUGGAAUAUUCAAGGAGAUGAAAUACAUAACCGAAGGAAGGGCUUCUCUUGUGUACGAAUUGCCGUUAGGCGAGAUGGUUGGUGAUUUCUUUGACCAGUUGAAGUCCCGGAGCAAGGGUUAUGCAAGCAUGGAAUACUCACUUGUGGGGUAUAGAGAAAGUGAUCUAGUCAGACUGGACAUAUUGAUCAACGGAGAAGUUGUGGAUCCUUUAGCAACCAUUGUUCAUAGAGAUAAGGCCUAUCAUGUAGGCCGAGCGUUGACCUCGAAACUUAAGGAGCUGAUACCAAGACAGCUGUUCAAGAUACCUAUACAGGCAACCAUAGGAGCUAAAGUCAUCGCCAGCGAGGCCAUAUCACCUAUGCGGAAGGAUGUGCUGGCUAAAUGUUAUGGAGGAGAUAUCACGAGGAAGAAAAAGCUUUUGAGUAAACAGGCCGAAGGCAAGAAGCGAAUGAAAGCUGUGGGUAGAGUAGAUGUGCCACAGGAUGCUUUCAUGGCUGUUUUGCGACUGGAGAAGGAAGUACUUUGAAGCUUCAACUAGGUCAUGUACAACAGGAUACAAAGCUCUAACGAAUGGAGCAGUAGCAGUGAAAUCAGCUCUUGCUCAUCAGCAGGAAACCUGACAAUUGGAGGGUGGGGGACCCGGAUUAGUCCAUUGUUAGGUACCGUUCAGCCAGCGAUGUACAAUAUCUAGGAUUAGAGUUGCCCCCAUCAUUGGGUUGUGUUUAUGGACAUACUUAUCCAAGAUGUGUCACUUGGGAAUAUGUAUGUGUUAAUAUCAGCCACCAGCCUUCCCUCUCAGAACAGCCGAUUAAAGUAAGGUGGAUUCCGGAACCCUAGCAAGUUUCGGGUUCAGAGCUACUUUCUUUGGACUCUGAAGGGAAUUCGGGGCGUCCAAUUUUUUUCGAAGCCAAUUAGUCAAAUCCAAUUCGACUCGAGUCAAACUCCGUCACCGCAGCUUUCACAGCUGGAAUGUGGGAUGUUUUGAUCUGACUUUUUCCUGGUCAAAAUAUGAAUUUGCUCGAGCUGCUCUCGUUUGGCGCUAUCAUUGAAUAUAAAGCUCUUCAUGA